GAACUGUCCAGUUACAAUCGUUAAUAUGUCUAAUUCAUCAAGUGAAGACGUGAGUGUGUGCCGAGGGUGUCUCGCUUUCGAUGCGAAAUUGUACAAUUUAUUCGAUACAGGACUAGCUGGAGACUUUGAAGAGCUUGUCAGAACUGGGGCCUACCAAUUCGAUAGCCUCCCGCAGUUCAUCUGUAUCUACUGCGCUGGUCUGCUCUUGAAAGCCUCGGCGUUUCGUAAACGGUGUCGUGCUGCCCACACUGCCCUGGAGGGCUUAUUGGCUUCCCAAGAUACGUUAACAAGGCAAUCAAUAACUACCAUAGAUAGAACUGCAAUUAAACAAAAUUUAAUAAAAACGCGAACACAAACUUUAUCGUACAUACCUAAGAAUCAAAAUACAAUAAACGAUGAUUCUUUAACAAUAAUAAGUGACAGCAACCACGAAAGGCCAAAGCGGAAACGUAAAAGUGACGUCACUGAAGAUGUCAAAACGGACGUCAGUGAUAAAUUGACAUUGGAAGGUUUUGAAUCAGAUACUGAAUUGGUGCCAGAUGUCAAAGAGGUUUUCGUAGAUACUUCCAACACUGUUAAUAGCGAUAUAACAAUUAAAAACGAAGAUAAUGACAUCGAAAGUGAUGAUUUUCGAUUAAUUAUUGAUUCAGACUACGAUUCAGACACUAAGUUAAAUUUAUUGAUAAAAAAAGAAGACACAAAGAAAAUUAAAACAAAAUCCAAAUGUCUCUGA